AUGGUAGGCUGCAGCGUAGAAUCAGGUGCGGGAGCCAAGCUGCUGCUGCUGUGGGUGACAUGCUGCAGACAUGACCAAGCAGACGGUUCGAGCAGCUACACUAAAGUCAUCUAAGUGACCAAGGGGCCCUGGGUGGGGGGCAACUGGGCCUGGCAUGAGAUGUAUCCUGACGGAUUCCUCACCAGCAGGUUCUUGAUCAAGAUCCCCACCCCACAAGGAAUUCCUGGCAACUGUACAGCAAUGAAUGGGAUCAGGCUGCACCACCACACCUGUGGGAAUAUGGAGCAACACUCAUCAGUGGAGUCCCAGGCUGGAAGGGGGGCGGCAGGCCACCCAUGGUGUCCCAAAGGGCGCUUCCUCGUGGUUUUCUUCUUUCUCGUGGAGGCUCCCAUGACUGGGGACAACAUGGUUGCAAACAAUGCACGUUUCCACUGCUCAGAUGGCGCAGAGCUGGAAGGGCCUGGUCUGGCCUGGGGAGACUUUGGAAACUGGAGUGAGCCACGUCCAGAAGGCAUUGAGCUGCCUAGAGGCCUCUGCAAUGACACUGCGGUCAAUGACAUGUGUUUUUCCUGCUGUUGCGGUGGACACCUUCGCUGCCUUCUCCCCGGCUCGCGUCUGGCUUAUCCCACCACCCGCGACUAA